GUUACGCAAAUACUAGCUGCCAUUGUACUCCUAAUCUCGAUUCGAAAACCAUCGCGCCGUUUUAGUGCACGCAUGGUCGCGUUAGACACCGCAUACCUCUUGGCUAGCUCGAUCUCAUUUCCUCUUGGCGAGAAAACAUGGCGCUGAAAUCGCUCCUUAAUGAAUUUCAGUUGAAGAAUUGUAGAUUGUUAUACCACAACUCCGCGGAUUUUACCGAGUCUCCUUGGUUCCCUGUGCUGGGCGUUCUUAUCUACCGGCUGGUCUUCGCCAUUUACUGUUUCGCGUGGCUCAUCGCUGGCACCCAGCACCCCUCCAAUGGACAGGAGAAAUGGUUUAUCUACCUGACAAACUGGAGCUAUCUCAUACUUACCCUCUACUUCGCAUGCUCCACCGCGCUUACCGCUGUUUACUAUCGCGGGGAAUGGUUUGUCGGCGAAUACGAUGUCCAAGACCAUGAUGCUUUGAAACCCCGGUCCCGUUCACGACCAGGUGACCCGCGAGACCCAUCAUGUGAUCAGUCACGUGAGCGUCUCGGAAGCCACGUCAGCCCCUUGCAUGUAAAAGUAUCGGAGCCUAUGAAUUGGUAUCAUUAUCCAUUGUGGUUAUUGCACAUUGUGGCGGCGAACAGCGCGGUGGCAGUGUGUUUAGUGUACUGGAUGAUUUCCUACCCCUCCUAUCAAGGGUAUACCCCAGAUGGUCUUGACAUUAGCACUCAUCUUCUGAACGCGCUGUUUGUCGUGAUUGACCUGUGCCUCAGUAGCCUCCCCGUCAGGUUACUUCAGAUCAUCUACCCGUUCGUUUACUUCAUUAUCUAUCUCAUUUUCCUCGUUCUUUACUGGGCCAGCGAUGGAACAAACGCUAACGGACAACCGUACGUUUACAAAUCUACAGAUUUCACCGAAAGGCCAGCAAGAGCUGCUGGUUUCGCGAUUGGGUUCCCAUUGAUUUUUCAAAUGUUAGCGCAAGUGAUUCUUUUCUCUUUGUAUAAAUUGCGGUGCUGGGGUAGCGAAAAACUGAUGGAGAAUCAGGGCGCAGUAUACAAGGAGGGAUGUGAGAUAGAGAGACAGGUAGACGAGAUUGAUGUGUGAUUAUAGAUCUAUCCAGCUGAAAGUCAGGGGUGAUUUAUAACGAGAUACAUGCAGACGAGAUUUAUGUGUGACUGCAGAUGUAUCCAAUCUGAUGGAAGGUCAAGAGAAGUGGUGCACAAUGUGAAAGACAAGACAAGAAAACGAGAUUGAUGUAUAUAACUGUAGAUCCAUUCAGCUGAUGGAAGGUCAAGAGAAGUGGUGCACAAUGUGAAAGACAAGACAAGAAAACGAGAUUGAUGUAUAUAACUGUAGAUCCAUUCAGCUGAUGGAAGGUCAAGGUAAGAGUUGCACGAAGUGAUAGACAGGACAAGUAGACAAGAUUAAUGUCCGAUCGUGAAUCUCAUCUAAUGGAAUAUUAGGUUGCGGUGUGUAAGAACUAUGCACAAAAGACAAAUUUAGACAAGAUUUGUGCACCUCAUCCAAGUGAUGGAGCAUCAGAGCGCUGUGUACAAUGAGAAAGGAAUGAGAUAAGAAGAUUAUAGUGGAGUCUGACGUUGUACUCAUCAGAGCCCUCUGUCAGUUGCUCCAAAUAUGGAAGGGUCAGGGAGCAGUUUACAAGGAUGCAAAAACAGAUAAACUAUGGGUAUGAAUAAUGUUUGGUCAUGCCUGAACAUGAUAACCUAACGCAACUUUUGACGCUAAAAUAAGGGAAUAAGUAAGGGAAUAAGUCGUAAGUGACGGACAUUAAUGUCCGUCACAUUUUUUUUUCAUAGCGAGAAACAGAUAGAUCAGACAGAUGAAAUAGAUCUUAAAUAAAUUAAAAAGUUUGAGCUA